CACCUCCCCCUCCGCACCCUAGCCACCGCACCCCCCAAGAAGAAAGAAUGGCUCUGCAUCCUCCCCGACAAGCCCAACGUCCUCGACCUCCGCCUGCAAGUCCGGCCUACGCACUAUGCGGAACUCAAGCCCCUCAUCGAGGCGGGAAAGAUGGUCGUUGGCGGCGCGAUGGUCGACGCUCACCCGGAAGAGGGCAAGCUCCUCUCCUUCAAGGGGAGUAUGAUCGUGGUGACCGGGGAGACGGUGGAGGAGGUGCAUGAGCUGAUUAACAAUGAUAUCUACGCCAAGAGUGGGGUGUGGGACUUGGAGAAGGCGCAGAUUAUUCCGUAUAUUUCGGCGGUUCGGGAGCCGUUGAAUAAG